GCAGUGGAAUGAAGACACGCCGCGAAUACGAAUGCCAUAAUGAACCCCAAAACAAACCAUGAAUAUACUUCUAAUUCGUACAAUGGAGAUAUUAUGGGAAAUGAUAGUCCUGCUGCUUUAUUAGAUAUGCUGGCAGAAGUUGCAUCUCAGACAUUACAUUCUGAGAAAAAGCGUAGUAAAUCACUACUGACAACACAAUGCAAAUCAAAACCAGAUCAUACAAAAAGGAAACCACAAGAAAUAUGUUUCACAGUGCCGCAGCUUUUAUCUAUGUCUUCAUCUCAAUUAGUCAAACAGUUCUCUAUUUUUACAAGCGACGAAUUGAAAAGGCAAUAUUCUUAUACUUGUGCUUUGAUUGUUGGGUGCGGCCAAAAGUAUACAAGUUUUGCGAGCGAAGGAAGAGCAAGAAUUUCUAUUAAAGAGCAUCUAGCAGAACAUUUGGAAUAUUUAAAAACCAACAAAGAAACCUAUACAACCUUCACCGCAAAGUCAGUGAAUUAUAAAAAUCAUAAAACGAGUUCACAAAAUAAAAAAAAUAGAUUGCAGCUAUCAAGAAAGCCACAGGAGACAUUGAAUAAAGAAAAUAAUAAUGUCAUGAUGGAAGAGUCAACAAAUUAUCUUCGAAACAUUCUAUUAAAUGAUUCUAACUUUAAAGAAGUAGAUAAGAAUAAAAGCUUUGAAAAAAUGGAUAAGCCUAAAAAAUUACACAAUCUUGAACAGAAGGAUGUAGAUAAAAUGGAUUUCAAAGUUCUUGGCGAUCAUAGUUAUUAUGAACGCUUAAAGGAUGAGAAUCCUAAUAGCAAGGAAACGUCUCUUAGCAAUGCCUUGGAGAAUGCAGGAAUGGAUGAAAAUAUUGUACUUAUGGUUGUUGGCACUGAUACUGUUCAUAUGAAAGAGUAUUCUCACAUUAAUCAAAAACUAUCAGAAAAAAUCAAACAAGAGUCUGAAACUGUUUAUGUACCUGAAAUACCAUGGUCAACUGAAAACUGUAAUAAAAAUAUAGAAAUUGCAGCUACUAAACCUAAAGGAAAAGCAAAAUUUAUAGGUACUAGUAAAGAGGAAAGAGAGAUGGCGCUAGCUUUUAUGGAUCGUAUAAAAAAAAAGGGAAACCCAACAGGGAGUAAUCUUGAAUGUCGAAUUUGUAAUCCGCCAAGAAGUUUCACAGCACCUACAACAUUGGUGUCUCAUUACCGUAGCCAUGCUGGGAUAAAACCAUACGAAUGUCGUAUAUGUAGAGCGGUAUUCACAAGAAGACACAGUUUAAAAUAUCAUAUGCUGAUUCAUCAAAAUCAAACGCGAUUUACGUGUGCCGAUUGCGGGAAGAAGUUCAGGCAUCCGUCACAUUUCAGAGAACAUCGACGCCGACAUACUGGAGAAUCACCAUUUGGAUGUGACGACUGUGGGCAAAGGUUUAAGACUAGAAAUACUUACAAACGCCAUCUGAAAACAAGGCAUGGAAAAGUUUUAACAACUACUGGGGAACUGUUGUAUCUUUCUGAAGAAGAUUUUCAAAAAGUACGAACUAAUAGAAAAAAAAAGAUUGAUGUGACUAAAGAACCUGUAGAUGAGGGUGUAAUUGCAACGAAAACAAUAAUGCAUUAUGAUAAUGAUAAUGGCCAGGUUCCAGAUGCUACGACUGAAGGAUACAUUAUAAACAAAGAUACUGUUGACGAUGAAAAAAAUUACAGUAAAAACACAAUACAGAUUAUCAAGAAUUGCUUUGAAACUUGUGAGGUUUGCCAAGAAUCUCAAUUAAAUAAGACUGAUUCUAUAGAGACUGAAAUACGUAAUCAUGAUAGAGCUUGUAUUACAAAUGAGAAUAGUUUGUCAAUGGAAUACACAGAUAAAGUGCAAGAGAGCUUAUCACAGUUACAAAGUGUUUCUUAUAAUAAGGUAGCGGUAAUUCAAGAAGAGAAAUCUGAAUUAAUUUAUCAAAAUGUUGACGAGCCAUCAUCAUACAUUAAAAUAGAGUACAAGACUUUGAUUAACAGUAAAACCGGAAAUAAUACAGGAUUUCAAGAAAAUUUUGAACUUACAGACAAUCAGUUUAAAGAUCACAUUCAAGUAGUGAAGCACAAUGAAGAAGAAUUUUCUGAUAAUGUAUUAAGUGAAACUGUUAAUGAUCACAGUAAUAGACACGUCAUUCUUACUCGAGAAGAUCUGGAAGAAGAUAAUAAUGUCAGCAUUCAUGAGAAAUCUUAUCGAGAAAAACGGGAGAUCGUUAUGACGAAAAAUUUGUUAAAUACAUAUACUUUACAACCAGAUAAUCAAAUUGCUACUAAAACGAGUAAGGAUAUUCUGUUAAAUCAAAAUGACGAAUGCACAUGGAGAGAAGAUAACACAGUAGGUAACCAUCAGACUGUUGUAACAGAUUUAAUAACGAGUCGAGUGAUUGCACCAUUGAAUAACGUUUUUGGAAAGAAUCAAAAACUAUUGCAUCAAGCGAAACAGCGUAUAUGUAUUAAUAACGAACCGUUGACGAGUAUAAUAGUACAAAAUAAAUGCAUCAGCAUAGUUCCACAGUUUGAAACUUGUCACGAUCAGCAAGCUAAAACGCAAACACAGCUCAAUAAAAAUCGGAAGUUUACAUUAUUGAAUAAACAGGCGCAAACAGUCAAUAUAAAACAGCAUGUAAAUGAAAAUACAAUUUUAUUACUGACUAAUAAUACUUUACAGAAUAGCGUUCUUAGGAUUGAACACAACAGCACUGCCGGUAAUGAUAUUAAGAAACAGGUUUAUGAUAUAAACUUCAUUGUGCUUAUACUUUAA